UCAUAGCUGGUGGAAGGGAGGCCGGCUUUGCGGACACAUGCAUCCGUGAUGAAGUUGCCAGUGGCACCAAUGUCGAGAGGGGCCCGAAACUUCACCGCCGAUGCUCCAAAGGAGACGACGACGAAUUUGAGCUGGAACUGGGCGGUUCCGGCACAAACGGAGGAGAUCAUGGCGUUGAGUCGGCGCUGCUCGAGGCCUAAUCUAACAAGUCGAGUGCAUCGGUCUUGUUCCUCAACGAGAUCGGAGAAAGUGAUGGUGGAGGGGUUGGGGAGGAGGGUAGUGGAACAUGUGGCCAUGGGGUGCUCAGCCGACGGAAUAGAGGACGUCGUCGGGAGGAGGGUAGGCGGAGUAGACUGCGACGCCUGGGGGGUGUCCGGUGUGAAAGUCGUCGCCGGUGGCGCGAUUGGCAGACGAAUUGUUGAUGCCAAGACAUGGCUACAAGGGGCGGGGGGACAGUGUUUAAGAGGAGGAGGGCCCAGAGGCCGCGGUGGAGGAGGAGGAAGUGGAUGUGGGAGGGUUGGAUCCGAUGGGGCGGGAAGUCUGGUGGGUGGAGCGGCCGGCCUUGGGGCAAUUGGUUUCCUGAUGCCCCAGCUGGCGACAACGGAAACAACAAUCGUUGGCCUGGAGGAAGGCGCGUUCGACGGGGCGGAGGUGAGGAAGGCGAUCAUGGUGGAGAAGGCGGGUAAGGAGAUCGGUGAGAGGGAGCUCGGGCUCGUGGGCGAGGGGUGCGGCGAGGUGGGGGAAGCAUACCCGCUUGAUGCGGGAGAUGAAGAUGUAGUCGGGAAUGAGAGUCGACGGGAUGUGGAGGCGGAGGGAGCGAACGUAUUGGAUGAAUCGCUCGGUGGGGCCGGUUUGGCGGAGGUUGCAAAAUUGAUCGAUGUAGUCAUCGAUGGUCUUUUGCGGACGGAAGGUGGCGAUGAGAAGGUCGGCCCAUUGAAGGAAGGUGAUGCGGGGAAGGUCAUUGGCUCGGCGGUUGUUGGCUUCGGUUAACCACCAUUGAGCGGCGGCGCCUUGGAGGCGG